CGCCUCGAAAGUCCACCACUGACGUUCCCCCUGCACAUUUAGCCACCGCGAAUAUUGCGCGAUGCCUGACGAUCGUUCCCUGACGGUGUUAUGCGCAAAGCCUAGGCAACUGGCCGGCCCGCGAUGCGCAUUGCACUCUUGAUGCCUUGAUCCCCUGCCUCUCACUGUGCCGUGCCUCAUUCUGGUCCACAUCCUCAUCGUACUUACCACGCACUUUUCGCUUUUCUUAUUCCUCGCCGGCGCGAGAGAAUGUGCCAUCGUUGUUGAGCAAUGAUCGGAUUACCGUCCUUCCUGCGCUCGGUUCUAGUACUUGCUACAUUAUGGGAGAACGGAAAUGGGCAGAUGCUAGGGCAGUGGGGAAACAGACACAGAGUAGUAGCGCGACAGAAUGGCAAUGGGAACAACAACGGGCAGCCCAAUACAAGCGCGUUCAACAUUGUUAACGGACGGAUAUUUACACCUGGGUUGGGUAUAAUCUUAGCCCCACAACCUUUUACUCCGAUGGGCGGUGACUUUUUACACAUCGCGAUAGAUGUAUCAGGAGAUGGAAAGCUGCAGGUACCGCCGAAGGAUAUCAGCGAUCCGCUCACCCAAGUAUUCAACUUCACCAUGUUCCUGACCAGCAACACACUCUUCAAGAAUUUCACAAUAUCCAACAUCACGACUACAACACCUCCGUUAGCCGACAUAAUGAACCAAGAGCCAGGGCAGACGGUGAAACACAUUAAUUUCGAGUGGCCCGACUGUCUAGUUGGCGAUGGCAAAGAAGACAUAGGGACGACAGCACGGGGCGAAUAUAACAUCUCGAUCCACCAGAACUUCCGCCUGAACGGCAGUGACUUUUACAGCGUCUUCAACCUGCCGAUAUCUGUAACCAACAGCAUCUCCCAAUUUCCGGGUGCAAGGCAACUUCUCACCAACCCGGCGCCAGGCCCUCUCAGUGCGAAUGGUGGCCGUAUGAGCUGUGGCAUGAUCUCAAAUCCAAUGAUGAACUUCACCGCUCUCGUCAGAAGCGUAAACAACCCGCCAGGCCAGCCUUACCAGGCUAUUCCGAUCGAGACGACGCCGAGGGAUGAUGGUGGCCAGAUCGGCGGGCCUGGAGUCGCGAACGGAAAUGGUCGCACACCUGCCGGAGGUACAGCCGAAGGUCAAGUCGGCAACGGAGUACCGGGUCUGAGUCCCCGGUAUCGUGGUACGCUUAAUUUGGGAGCAGCGAUGUUUAUUCUCUUCAUCACAAGCUUGUAG